AUAGCUUCUACCCCCAGAUGCAUCUCAAAGAGAAGACUGCUGGUAUGGAUAUGCAUGUCGGACACAACACCACAAUGAAGAACAUGCUCGUAAGAGAAAUCAUGUUUGCUGUCCAACGAGGGGUAGUCACAUGUAGAAUGUUGUUUUGGAAUUUUGUACGCGACCAGAAUUUGAUGAAAUGCGAUGUAUUCUUGUUGGGUACCCAAGUCUAUGCUUGGAAGGUUGGAUUGAUUUAAUUUUUAGGUCCACUUUGUGGUUUGUUGUUGCUUUUGGACCCGGAAAAAAAAAACGAAGGAAAAUUAGGUAAAGAAUUGAGGAAAAGAGGGUCCCUCUGUGCCAAGGUGGUUGGGACAUGGGGAAUGGCUUUUCUAAGUUAGAACUUGUUUUGUAUAAAUAUUUCGGACAAGGAAAACGCUGUUCACCAUUGUCUACGCUUGAUUGCCAUGAGCCUUGAGCAAAAAUUAUUUUGAAUUUCCAGUGAUGCCCUAA